AUGGCAGCUAAAGCAUUAUUUCCAACUUUUUUUGAUGAGAAGACCAAAGUGUGGAGUGGAUUGACCCUGCGUAAGCUGUUCGAUAAGGACUGCUCGGUGGGAGAAAGAAUAUACCAUUCAGUCAAGAACUAUCCAACAAAUGUCGUUCAAACUUCGCAUAUUGACGGACGUGUUGUGACCUUUGGAGACGUGCACAGCUGGGCCACACGCCUGGCACUCUACCUGAAAAGUGAGGGACUUACCCAUAAGGAUGUCAUCGGCAUAAUUGGCAAUGCUAGCACCUACACAAGCUCCCUUGUUGUGGGCUGCUUCUUUAACACGACUCCGUUCCAUGCUGUUGCCUACACUUACAUGAAGGAGCCAGAUGUCAUUAGGGAAUUAUACGAGACAACAAAGCCAAAAAUCAUGUUCUGCGAUGGCAAAGACUAUGAGAUCAUGAAGGAAAUAACUAAGGAGUGGAAUCCCAAGUAUGUAACACUAACAGGACGCGUUGAAGGCGUACCAUAUAUUGAGGAUCUGCUGAAACCACAUCCAAUGGAACGUUUCAUCCAACCCGUACCCUUAGCCACUGACGGAAAUCAGGUGGCAGCCAUUCUAUGCUCGUCAGGUACAUCGGGAAAGCCUAAAUCUGUGGCCAUCUCUCAUAGGCACCUCAACAAAGUGGAGGCAAUUGGUAACUGCACGGAUGUGGUCUUAACUAGUGCCACAUUGGACUGGAUGACGGGCCUAAUGCUGAUGAUGUUGUGCUUCUUUUAUGGCAGCAGUCAAGUUAUAUUCGAUGAGCCAUUCAAUGGUGAUCGAUUCGUUAGCAUGAUCGAAAAGUACAAGGUAACCAUAAUUGUGAUGGCACCUUGGCAAGGCUUUGAGGUGUACACAAGUCCAUUGGCUAAUGAGCAGAGCUUGGCCAGCGUACGCAUGAGUAUUGUUGUCGGUGGUUGGCUUUCGUCGAAGAUACUGCAGAAGGGCCAGGACCUUAUGAAGAAAGCCAAAAUUGUGUUCGCGUAUGGAGCCACGGAGACUGGCACAAUAGCCCUUAACAUUGAUCAGAGCCUACCAAGCUCUGUGGGUAAACUGCCACCAGGCGUUAGGAUUAAGAUCAUAGACGAUGAGGGUAAAGCAUUGGGACACAACGAGGUCGGCCAAAUACUUAUUGAUAUUGGCGUAACAUGGCAAGGCUAUGUGGCCAAUCCUAAGGAUACAGCCGCCACCUUCAGGGAUGGCUGGAUUGAUCUAGGCGAUCUUGGCUACUUUGAUAAUGACAACAAUCUCUAUUUGGUCGAUCGCAAGAAGGACGUGCUAAAAUACAAAUCAAAGGACUUCUGGCCCAACGAAAUAGAGCAAAUUAUUGCUGAGCUGCCAGAGGUUGAAAAUGUUUGCAUUGUCGGUGUCAGAAAUACAAACUACACCGAUGCAGCUGGUGCUUUGGUUAUCAAAAAGCCAGGAGUUGAAAUCUCCAAAGAGAAGAUCAUCGAGCACGUAGCAAAGCGCGUUGUUGUCGAAUACAAGCAGCUGAACGCUGGAGUCCAGUUCGUCGAUACUUUGCCAAUGAACAACAAUGGCAAGGUGGUAAGAAACUUGGCUAGGAAGCUGUUUGAGUCGCUCAUGGAAAAUCAGGAGUCAUAG